ACCUCUCCUUCCCGGACUCCGAACGAAACAGCGACUCUGAGUAGGCAGCCGGAACGACGGACUAUGGCGGCCUCGACGGCCUCGCACCGGCCCAUCAAAGGGAUCUUGAAGAACAAGGGUUCUGCGGCUUCCACUGUGGUGGCCUCAGCCGAACAGCCCAGCGGGAAUGUUGAUGAAGAGCUCAGUAAAAAAUCCCAGAAGUGGGAUGAAAUGAAUAUCCUGGCGACAUAUCAUCCAGCAGACAAAGAUUAUGGUUUAAUGAAAAUAGAUGAACCUAGCACUCCUUACCACAGUAUGAUUGGUGAUGAUGAAGAUGCAUUGAGUGAUUCAGAGACCACUGAAGUCAUGACUCCCGAAAUCUUAGCUAAGAAAUUAUCUGCUGCUGAAGGCUUGGAGCCAAAGUAUCGGGUUCAGGAGCAAGAAAGCAGUGAGGAGGAAGAUAGUGACCUCUCACCUGAAGAGCAAGAAAAAAAGCGACAGUUUGAAAUGAAAAGAAAGCUUCACUACAAUGAAGGACUGAAUAUUAAAUUAGCUAGACAAUUAAUUUCAAAAGACCUGCAUGAUGAUGAAGAGGAUGAAGAUGAAGAAAUGCUAGAGGCUACAGAUGGAGAAAGGAUGAAUACAGAUGAAUCAAAUCAAGGAUCUACUACAAGUGACCAACUGCAAAACAAAUCAUAGUUCAUAAAAGAGAUUUGUUCAACACUGCAAUUGUCAAAUACAAACCCUGUUAACUAUAAUACAAACGAUGCUUCUUGUUCUGUACAAUUCAUGACUUCAGUACUGAAAUCACAUACCAGUUAUACUGUAUUGCCAAGAAUUAAAUGGUAACCUUAGAGACU